AUGCUACGUCAUCGGAGCUGCAGCCUCCACUCCACAGGAGGCGAGGAGCUGGGGAGAGGAAGCCCAGCCGCGGGGCCACCUGGACGGUCCCUCCUCACUGAAGCCUGGAGCUGGGCAUCCAAGAAGAAACAGCCUCAUUUGUUUGGUGUCAUCGUAGGUGGCUUCCUUUGGCUUUUGGGCAGCUUGCCUGGGGCGGGUGGGUGCACCACCACCCUCCCACCCUCUUUCCUCCAUGUGGACUGCACAGUCACAUCCAGCACCAUGGACAGCUCCAGGCGGUGAACUAGAAAGAAGAACCUACUUCACCUAGCUGUCCUAAGAAGUCUUCCUGGACUGACUGAAAGGCGAGGCUAA